CGAUGCAACCGGAAAUACGGAGGAAGUAGAGGGGAGGUGGGGCAGUGGUGGUGUGGGUUGAUAGUGUCGGUGCCGGAGCUGCAAACAAAAAAUGUUGUGCCUCGACACACACACACACAUACAUACACAUAUACAUACACUCUUAUCCUUGCUCCGUUUUCACAACGUAUCCGUCCGUCUCGCUGCAACCGGGCAACAUCGCUGUCGUCAUCAGCCGGUUCUGUCGCUACUUACUGCCCGUUCCUUCCGUACCUUGCAUUGAUGAUUAACGCUAUCCUUCCCUCCUUAUGUCCGUUUCAAUCGUCUAUCACGAUGCAUGAGAGUAGGCAGGUAGUACGAGAAUACCAGCCCGGCUCGACCGGCUGA